AUGAGAAAUUUGGAGCGACAAUUGGGACAACUUUCCAGUGCCCAAAAUACUCGAUCAGUUGGAGCUCUUCCAAGCGACACUGAGGCUAAUCUUAAGGCAUCUGCUAAUGCUGUGUCAUUGAUGAAUGUGAGACAAUUGCCAGUCCACUAUGAAGAUCUAUCCAUGAUUUCUGUGGUGGAAAGCGAUGUUACGUCAUUGGUGCCUUAUAUGAGCCGCAUAGAUCCUCUUGAACGAGCUUUGAUUGGGGAUGAAGAAGAAAAUGAAGAUGAUAUGAAGGGAGAAAUUGAGCAAGUACUUGACAUGUCGUGCAAUUAUGUCCAUGGGUUUGGAAGAUUUGAGGAAUUGGACAGGCCUGUCACUCUGACCCCUCCUAAGCCAUCUAUUGAAGAAGCUUCAAAGCUAGAACUAAAGCCCCUUCCAGCGCUUCUGCACUAUGCUUAUUUGGGGAACUAUGAAACAUUGCUAGUAAUUAUCUCAUCCAGCUUGACUAAUGUACACGAAGAAAAAUUGCUCAGAGUACUUUGCGAGCAUAAAGCUAUAGGGUGGACAAUUACGGAUAUCAAGGGAAUAAGUCCAUUGUUUUGCAUGCAUAAAAUCUUUCUAGAAGAUGGAGACCACCUCAGUGUUGAGCAGAAAAGAAGAUUAAAUCCCAUCAUGAAAGAAGUCGUGAAGAAGGAAGGGUACAAGAAGAUUGUCAUAUGCCCAGAGGAUCAGGAGAGGACCACUUUCACUUGUCCUUAUGGAACUUUCGCCUUCAAGCGAAUGUCGUUUGGUCUUUGUAAUUCACUAGCCACUUUCUAUACUUGCUUGAUGGGUAUUUUCACCGAUAUAGUGGAAAGCUUUGUGGAAGUUUUUAUGGAUGAUUUUUCAGAAGGCAUCGUGUUGGGUCACAGUGUGCCUAGGAGCAACAUAAAAGUUGAUAAGGCAAAGGCAUUUAAAGAGCUCAGAAAGAAGUUGGUGGCUUCCCCCAUUAUUGCGGCACCAGAUUGGUCCUUACCAAUUGAACUUCUAUGUGAUGCAAGUAACCAUGCUAUUGGGGCAGUGCUAGGCCAGAAGCACAAGAUGUUUUAUUCCAUCUGCUAUGCAAGUAAGACUCUUGAUGAUACACAACUGAAUUACACCACCACUGAAAAGGAGUUGUUGUCCGUUGUGUGGGCCUUUGAGAAAUUUUGGACAUACUUCGUGGGAACAAAAGAAUUUGAUGUAGCAAUACGAGAUCGAAAGGGCACAGAGAACCAAGUAGCUCACCAUCUAUCAAGGCUGGAAAAGCACGACCAUGUGGAGGAAGGUGGACAAAUUAAAGAAGCAUUCCCUGAUGAGCAACUUUUUUCUAUCACCCAAGACCCUCCCCCAUGGUACGCGGACUGUGUGAACUAUCUUGUGAGCGGGUGUGUUGAUAAAUUGAUGAGGAGAUGCAUUCCAGAAAAGGAGGUGGAAUUAGUAUUGUAUGAUUGUCAUGCAUCACCUUAUGGGGGCCAUCAUGGAGGUGAUAUAACAAUUGCUAAGGUAUUACAAUCCGGUUUUUUUUGGCCAACAUUAUUCAAGGAUGCUCAUACAUUUGUUAAGAAGUGUGACCUGUGUCAUAGAACAGGAACAAUCACUAAGAGACAUGAGAUACCUUUGAAUAACAUCUUGGAGGUCUAUAUUUUUUAUGUGUGGCAAAUAGAUUUUAUGGUACCAUUCCCACUGUCCAGAGGAAACAAAUAUAUUUUGUUAGCAGUUGACUAUGUGUCAAAAUGGGUAGAGGCGAUCGCAUUGCCAACAAAUGAUGCCAUGGUAGUAGUUGCAUUUGUGAAAAAGAAUAUAUUUUCGAGGUUUGGGACUCCACGUGCCUUGAUUAGUGAUGAAGAGACAUAUUUUUGCAAUCGGUUGUUGAAUAACCUUCUAGCUAAAUAUGGAGUAUGCCAUAGAGUUUCUAUGGCAUAUCAUCCUCAAAUAAGUGGACAAGUUGAGGUAUCUAAUAGAGAAAUAAAGAAAAUCUUAGAGAAGAUGGUUGCUAUGGCUCGUGAUAAUGAAAGUAAAGGCAAGGGAAUAGGAAAGUCCUCCACCAAUUCCCCCGCGCUCAAAAAGCGCAAGCAAUGA